CAACCCUUUUUCAAUCAUGGGGCCACCAUACCUGAACUAUAUGAUUUUAAAAAAAGUGCAAUUCCCAUUUAAAAAAAACCCAUUCCUGUUCCUUCCCUGCGCAAUUCCUGAAAAAACUGCUCAACCUAACUGGCUUUUGUACAGUUUUUUUUGGUGUAUCACAUAACCAGAGAGCCAAUUCAUCACCUGUGACAAAAAAACAGGGUGUUGGUAUUAAGUGGCCUAGUAUUGGUCUGCUGGGCAGAGUUAGUCAGUCAGCAGCUGCCCUGCCUCUCCUUCUCCACUGCACAGGUAGGCACGUGGAGGGAGAGACCAGCCAAUGGGAGGACAGCUCACUUCCUCCAUAUGUCACUCAUUUGUCUGUGUGCAGCAGGUGUGUAGGUGUGGGCCCGGCCCGGUCUAAUCUCACUAAGUGCUGCGUGUACUCUAUAUAAAGGGCUGCACUGAGGCUGCGAUGCACAAAACAAAAGAACUACUAACACAAAACUAAGAUGAUUUCAUAUCAUGUAAACAUUUAAACCGAGCUCGAUAAAAAGUCUACACAUGUCUCAUAAUUCAUCUGAUCCAAAUCAAUGCACCUCUCAAACCAUUCAGAACACCCAGUCUGAAUGCAGCCUUAAUAGACUGUAACUGAUCUAUCAGCCUAGAUCUGUUCCCUGUUUUUAACUAAGAAGUUCCGCUUUAAUGAUGGUAGAUGGAUGAUUUCAAGCUGAGAGAGAUUUCAAAGUGAGAGAAUGGAUGGAUCUAUAGAUCUGUUUCAACACAACUAAGAAAGAAAUAAAAAGCUUAAAGUAUGAUCAAUAUUUAAAGAGCACUAUCAGUUUCCUCACGGUUGGCUUUCUCAGUAACCAUAGCAGAGCUGCAUGCAUUAUUAACAUGUUAAAGGUAACACUGGCAUUGAGGCUGCUGGAGUCUAGCUCAGAGUGAAGCCUUUUCUGGAGCACACACUCUUAACUGGAAUACUCUGCUGGUAAACAUGGAGAAAUAAAGGGAAUCCCUGUCUGCUUCCACACAAAACCGGAGGAUUAGAGGCCAACAUUCUUUGGGAAAUGUGAACUAUCUGGAGAUUUCCAAUGGAGGGCACUCUGCCAUCGGAGGGCUUUGAGAAGCCCCAGAAGCGGGUGAGGUUCCGGGUGGCAUCUGGGAACAGCGGGCGGGUGCUGAAGGAGAUGUUUAAGGAUGAGGGUCCAACAGACUCUCUGGACUCAGACUGCACCAGCAGCUCUGAGGCUGACCGAUCCAGCACACCUUCCACCAGUUCGGAACUAAACGGACACCCGGGGGGCUACCUGGGCUCAGAGCUGGACGACAGUGAGAGCGAGCCUGAUGACCUGCUGCUGUUUGCUGGAGGAAAAGACAAGGACAGAGUUUUCAGUACCAAACGGGUCAAUAUCCUCAGCAAGAACGGGACAGUGCGAGGAGUCAAGCACAAAGUCAGCGCGGGCCAAAUACUGUUCGACAACCUGACUAAAGUCAGCGGGCCUGAGCUGACUCUGGAGUUUGGGCGGAUUGUGAUCUACACCACCAGUUUUCGUGUGGUCAGGACGACGUUUGAGCGAUGUGAGCUGGUGCGCAAGAUCUUCCAGAACCACAGGGUGAAGUUCAUGGAGAAGAACAUUGCUCUGGACAGUGAUUAUGGAAAGGAGCUGGAGGCACGAUGCAAGAGGGUCGGAGAACCCCCCUCCUUGCCUGUGGUCUUCAUCGAUGGACACUAUCUGGGGGGUGCAGAAAAAAUACUGGGUAUGAAUGAAUCUGGCGAACUGCAGGAUCUCCUAAUCAAAAUUGAGAGGGUACAGCACCCCCACGCAUGCCAGACGUGUGGAGGCUUUGCCUUUGUGCCCUGCUCUAUGUGCCAUGGCAGUAAGAUGUCUGUCUUCAGAAACUGCUUCACAGACUCGUUCAAAGCUCUCAAGUGCACGGCAUGCAACGAGAACGGCCUUCAGCCAUGUCCCAGUUGCUCUCAGUAAGGUCCUCUUCAAGUGCCCCUCAUUCAUGCCUCGCCCUCCCACCUUCUUGGCCAUGAAAGCGACAGCAGCAGAUAGAGAGAUGACUUGUUUUUUUUCUCCUGUGGGGAUUGUGAAUAAAUUUUGUUUAUUAAG